CGCUUUGAAGUUUCGGCCACAUGCCACACGCCACGAGUAAAUUUACCACUACUGCUGUAGAAACAGAACCUGAGAUGACUACUUCAUCUGCAUCACAUCCCUUUCGCACAAGUCGAGCAGAAGUCAUCCUCGGCAGCUUUCGCCCGACCAGGUUAAUCUCUCGGCACAUGACGGACUGGAUGAAUAAGGCCUUGGAAGCUUUCUUAUCGUAAAUUGAAUCGGGCAACAAAACGAUUAUGGAGCACCUGGCACGGCACUACUGUACAACGAGUACAUCACAGACACCGCAACGGGGCGGGUCAAUUCCCGUUCUUUCGCGCCGUUUGGAAUGCUGGUGGUUUCACUGUUUUUCUUUCUUCUAGACUUACGGCACGCAACCCGUUCUUCAACAAAAAAGAACGAAUACGCAACGAAGGCAGCAGUCAGUCUGCGCUUUCACCGGGUGGCACGGGUGAUUGCGAAGAGGACAAGCGACGUGGUGAUGCGUUUCGCCUUCGGCCCCUCUGUCCGCGGAGUGGUGCACUUUGCAUCUCUGAACCCUUUGCCCCUUCGUCAACAGACAAUCCAGUUGAAGACCGGACUCACUGCUGCUGCUGCUGCUGCUGCUGCUGUCUCUAGCUGGGCUGGCUGCUGCUGGGACGUCGGUCUGAUCACCUCGAGAGAAGCGGCAGCUGAAGCAAAAGUAAGUGGGUGGUGCUGUGAAGACCAGUUCGCGCCUGCGUGUGGGUGUCAGGGGAAGUGUGAGUGGGCGGGUUGCGUCACGGGGUUGCCGUGCGGUGCGGGGAGACAGGAUCGUUCUCACGUUCGGGCGUUCGCACGUUUUGGGGACUGGAUAUUUUCUUGGUGGCAUCGUCUAGAACCCCGAGAACGGUCUGGGUAGCAAUACCCCGAAAUUUCUCGGAAGGUUCUUAGGGCCGGUGUUUGGGUUCCUUAGUUCUCGGAACGUUCUGUGGCCAGGUUCCUCGGCCCCACUCCUGCCUGUUGGCACCAUCGCUGCAUCGCUGCCACGGUACACUUGCUAUGCACAUCAACAGCAGUUGGAGUUACAAAUUAAAAACACGUAUCGCGACAAGCACUCCUGGGGUACAGCACUCCCCGGCUCUCUUCCGUGAUUCCUCUCAGCACACCCGCCAUCCCUCUUUGAUCAGUCUAUCGGGGCACAAGGCAAGAAGCAGCACCCGCACCAGAAAGUUACGGUGAGGAUGGCGGCAUUCAACCCAACAUGGACUCCUGGGUACGACCAAUCCGGUCGUUUUUGUUGGUACAACAAGGCCACCGGCAGAGUGCACCACCCGUCUCCCCUUGAUUCUGUCGAUCGGUGUCAAGAGCAGCAGCAGCCACAGUGGAGGCGGCAGGGGCAAGGGCUGUCGAUAGCACCGGAUGAAGGCGCCGGUCCCCUUUGCGACGUCCCACGCCCGAACGUGCCGACGGGGUCGUACUUCAGCCUGCCUGCCGCUGAGGUGACCGAACUUGAAGAAGCGGGCGCCUUCACGCAGCGAAAGAAGCGAGACUUCGCGUGGGACCGAGGUACCCGGGACGAAACCUCCGCUCAGCCCCCAACCUGCCGGAUGUACAAGCCCUUUGCGGAACACAAAAAGCCUGUCGCGCUGGAGUCAACGAAGCCGCGUCGCCCACACCCGGCAUACAAACCCAGCCAGCGGGCUUGCUCCAAGCCCGUUUCGGAAACGCCGGUGCCCCGUGGCCGGCCAGGGUUUGACAUGUCGAUGCCCCCACCGCUGCCGAGGUCUGCUCGCCGCAGGCCCCCCUUGUCGCAGAGAGGGGGCAGAAGGAUGCCGGCGCCACCGGCGUUCCCGGAAAUGCGCCACCGUUACCGGGUGGGGAACGCUCGAGUGAAAUCGCCGCAUAGACAGGCGGUCGACAAUUUGGGGAGAGUUUAACAUGUCUAUCUAGCACGCGCACGUACGGGCAACGGCGUGUUGACAUUUUCCGGACAUACAUGCUGCGGCGUGUUGAUGGCUGGGUAAGGUCGUUGAAUAUUUUCGGGUGGAUUGAUUGUCUGCAACACCGACGAAAUCAGUCGCCCAUGCGAGGGAACCGCUCGCCGUACAGUUACCAGGGCGACGUGUUCGUCCCCUGGCACGUUUAUCGUGAUUACCACUAUUGUUGUGUAGGGUGACCGACAGCCCUCAGUUCGUAUAUAUUACGGUAGAUACGGUGCACAAAGGAGUUGGAUGGCUCGAGGAGAGGUGUCUCUACUGUACGAAAAGGGUGACAACACUGGCUCCACCAGAGUUGCUCAAGGGGUUGAACCGGACGGGGUGUGGAGAGUGAAUGUCACAAGCAAAACAACGAGACGUAGAUAUAAAUAAUUGUGUAGUGUGCGUUGGGAUGGGAGCUCCGCGUUACGCGUGUGCCUCCUACAUGACCCGGAUGCUGGACUCCACGGAACCCCCCUUGCUGGCUGCUGCUGCUUUUAGCCUCAAGCUCCUUCCGAGGGCUUGUCUUCUCCACAGUGGCACCAGUCGUCGCCGGGUGUCAACGCACGCGUGAUGUGUUCGUUGACGUACUCGCGCGGUGUUCGUUGUAAGCUGCCGAAUGGAUGCGCGUUUGUGUGUUGUAAGUAUGGUUUGCUCAUGUGUAUUACGGUGCAGAAUAGACGUUAAACUUGCACUAGAAAAUAUGAAAGGCUGCCGGUGAGGUUCAGGUUUGAAUAACCAAUAGGGU